GCGAGCCAGCAACCUGCAGUGUACUAGCAUGCAGUCACCAUCCUCCGGAUCGGGAGCCAUGUGGAACCUCCUCCCCCUCCUCUUCAUCAGCUCGUCCCUGCUCGUCGCCACGGCCAACGCCGACGACCCAUGGUACACCGACUGCCCGAGCAACACCAACUACACGCGCGGCAGCGCGUUCCAGGCCAACCUCGACGCACUCCUCUCCUCCCUCCCCGCCGCCGCGGCCGCGUCGUCCGGGUUCGCCGACAACGUCACCGGCGGGGCGCCCGGCCAGCAGCAGGCGUACGGCCUCGCGCAGUGCCGCGGCGACGUCAACGCGUCGGCGUGCCUCGCCUGCCUCGACGGCUCGGCGCGCCACAUGGCCGGCACCUGCCCUGGCCAGAAGGAACGCAUGCUCAUCUACGACGAGUGCCUGCUGCGGCACUCCAACGAGAGCUUCUUCGGCGUCGCCGACUCGUCGGUGAGGCUCUGGGCGUGGAACGCGCAGAACGCGACGCGGCCGGAGGAGUUCACGUCGCGGCUCGGCGCGCUGAUGGGCAACCUCACGGCGACGGCGGCGUUCGCGUCCCCGCGGAUGUUCGCGGCCGGGGAGACCGCCGUCACGCCGUUCGUGAACAUCUUCGGCAUGGCGCAGUGCACGCGGGACCUCGCCGCCGAUGACUGCAACCGCUGCCUCGUCAACGCCGUCGCGUUCAUCCCGAACUGCUGCGACGGAAAGCAGGGCGGCCGGGUCAUCGGGCGGAGCUGCUCCAUCCGGUUCGAGGUGUACCCGUUCUACAACGUCCAGGCUGCCCAGGAGGCCAUGGCCAUGUCGCCGGCCGCCGCCCCGGUUCCCGGAGGUGGGCCGAUCAACGGCAGCAACCACUCCGUGCCCGGAAACACCGGGGGCAAUCACACGGUCAGGAACAGGACAGCUCUUCUUGUGUCAAUUCCUGCUGCUGUCACGCUGCUGGUGCUGUUGCUAGUCGCUCUCUAUCUCUGCAAGAGGAACAGAAAGCCACGCAGGGAUGUGCAGGUUGCAAGCGUCAGAAAUGAAGAAGAAGCAGAUGGCAUGGCAAGUUCAGAAUCUCUCCUAUAUAAUUUGAGCACCCUACGAGCUGCCACCGACAACUUUUCAGUGGAAAACAAGCUUGGGGAAGGCGGGUUUGGACCAGUUUACAAAGGCACACUGCAAGACGGCCAGGAGAUUGCAGUGAAGAGGCUGUCAGCAACUUCGCAGCAGGGACAGGUGGAGAUGAAGAACGAGGUGGUCCUUUUGGCGAAGCUCCAGCAUAGGAACUUGGUGCGCCUGCUCGGGUGCUGCAUCGAGGAACACGAGAGGCUCCUCGUCUACGAGUUCCUCACCAACAACAGCCUCGACAAAAUCCUCUUUGAUCCUGUACGGCAGGAGGAGCUAGGCUGGGGACUGAGGCAUAAGAUCAUCGAGGGGAUUAGCCGAGGUCUCCUUUACCUCCAUGAGGACUCGAGGCUUACCAUCAUCCACCGCGAUCUCAAGGCCAGCAACAUCUUGCUGGACGCGAACAUGAACCCCAAGAUCUCCGACUUCGGCCUGGCCAAGCUAUUCAGCAUCGACUCCAGUGUAGGAAACACCAGCCGCAUUGCUGGAACAUACGGGUACAUGUCGCCGGAGUACGCCCUGCAUGGCAUCUUCUCGGCCAAAUCGGACGUAUUCAGCUACGGUGUCCUUAUCCUCGAGAUCGUCACCGGACGACGCAACGCGUACACGCAUGCUUCCGGACCCUCUGAAGAUCUUCUUACCUAUGUUUGGAAGCAGUGGAGCCGCGGGAGCGUGCAGCCGCUGCUGGAGGGGUGCCCCGACGAGGGGCGCCGGCCGCAGGAGAUGCUGAGGUGCAUCCACAUCGGUUUGCUCUGCGUCCAGGAGGACCCGCACCUCCGCCCCAGCAUGGCAUCAGUCGUCGUCAUGCUCAAUAGCCGAUCCAUCACGCUGCCGGCGCCCGCCGCGCCAGCCUUCGUGGUGCCAGGCCAUGGUCUCACGGUGACCGCGGACGGGGUGCCUGUGACGGGGACGGAUCUCAACGGUGCGAGGGCGGUGCCAGCAGCUCGGGGACCAUCCAUGUCUAUCAAUGAAGCCUCCUAUACUCACUUGGAGCCACGUUGAGGGCAUGUGAAACCCAUAGACAUGUAUCGUCGUCUGUAAGAGUCUCAAAUCUAGCAUGCAGAUAGCUAUAAAGAUAGGUCAUACACUUGAGAGAUUAUUUCACUGUUUGUAAACUGUUCAAUGUUUUCUACGUAGCCAGGGUCAAUCAUGAAUACUAUUUUGUAUAUCAUUGUAUUGCUAUUUGAUAUAAAACAAAUCAAGCAUACAUGAUUACAAUGUUUGUUUUAAACCAUCAAAUUAAAUCAUAUAGUUUAUA